AUGUUUGAUGAAUUCGGUUCAGGAGCAUCAGUCAACUCUCUCGGCAGUUUUGCUGCUAUAACAGACCUUAUUUCUACUCUGGACCAAGCAGAGCUCAACUCCUCCUCACUGUCCAUCUCAGACAAGACUGUUGAUUUUCUCAAAGGCCCAGUGGCCACACGCAUCAUGCCCUCGUUCUACAUUUUCAUCAUCCUCAUUAGUUUGCCCCUGAACGCUUUGGCCUUGGUAGCAUUCACCUGUAGGAUUCGAGAGAAGAAACCAGCAGUGAUCUACAUGUCUCACCUGGCGUGUGUGGACCUGCUCUUCACCCUGCUGCUGCCUCUGAAGAUCCACUACCAGCUGAAUGCUUCAGAUUGGGUGUUCGGUGAGGCAGCGUGUCGUGUGAUCAGUGCAGCUUACUACUGCUACAUGUACUGCUCCAUACUGCUGAUGAUGUGCAUGAGUGUGGACAGGCUGCUGGCCGUGGCGUUUCCCGUCGCCUCUCUGACCUGGAGGAAUGCAAGGAAAGCCACAUGUGUAUGUGUGCUGGUCUGGCUGCUGGCGAUCGCUGGUACUGUGCCACUUCUCUUAGUGAGACAAACAGUUAAGACUGAAAAUGUGGGCGUCACCUGCCAUGAUGUGCUACGCAAAAAUUACAAAACAGUAAUGUAUUAUGUGUACCUGUUCUCCAUCCUCUCCUGCCUCUACUUCUUGCCUCUGGUCAUCUCCUUUCUAAGCUACAUCACCAUCAUAUAUGCACUUAGUGUAAAAUCUGAUCGCUUAGCAACAUCAUCUUCAUCUUCAGACAACCGAAGGAGAGCUGUGAUUAUGGCUGUCGUCGUGCUGACUGAGUUUGUGUUGUGCUUUGCUCCAACCAAUGGCAUCAUGUUGUACCACUGUUAUCUUUUAGCUAAUGGAGGCCACCGUGAGGGAGAGUCAUCAUAUGCGGCUUACCUGUUGGCUGUGUGUUUGGGGAGUGCAAGUGUUUUUCUGGACCCUCUGUUGUACUACUAUGGCUCGUCUCAAUGCAGAAAGCAGAUCCGCUCUGUGUUUUGGUGCAAUAAAGCAAAAAAGAGAGCAAAAACGCUGUCAGACACAUAA